UCACCUCAAUUUCCCAGUUCAAAACCCUAAUUGCCCCAAUUUGAACCUUAUUUCUCUGUUCUUGGAAAACCCAUAUUCAGCUACACGUAGCAUUCCAACGAGUUGGGGAGCUUUUACUUUUCAGUUUUGUGGUUUCAGGAUAGCUAAACCCUGAAGCUAACUUCUUCUGGGUUAUGGAUUUUAUUGCUAGAGUCUAUCAGUUAUAGAGCUUUGGGAUGAGUCGGGCUUUACUUCCUAAGCAUAUUUCUGCUGUUGUGAAAUGUCAAAAGGAUCCUCUCAAAGCGCUUGAGAUGUUUAAUUCGGUGAAGAAGGAAGAUGAGUUUAAGCACACAUUGUCAACUUACAAGUGUAUGAUUGAGAAGCUUGGGUUUCAUGGGGAGUUUGAAGCCAUGGAGCUUGUGCUUGCCGAGAUGAGGAUGAAUAUCGAUAACAGGUUACUAGAGGGAGUGUACAUUGGGGCCAUGAGGCAUUAUGGAAGGAAAGGAAAGAUUGAAGAAGCUGUGAAUGUGUUUCACCGGAUGGAUUUUUUUAAUUGUGAGCCCUCAGUUCAGUCUUAUAAUGCAAUCAUGAAUAUACUGGUUGAGUAUGGGUAUUUCAAUCAAUCCCAUAAGGUGUAUAUGAGGAUGAGAGAUAACGGGAUUACCCCGGAUGUGUAUACUUAUACUAUACGAAUAAAGUGUUUCUGUAGGACUAGUAGGCCUCAUGCUGCAUUGAGGCUCCUUAAUAACAUGCCUUCACAGGGGUGUGAGUUCAAUGCUGUUGCAUAUUGUACAGUCAUUAGUGGAUUUUAUGAAGAGAAUUAUCGGAUAGAGGCAUAUGAAUUGUUUGAAGACAUGCUUGGGCAAGGUAUAUGCCCUGAUGUUACCACAUUUAAUAAGCUUAUACAUACCCUGUCCAAGAAGGGGGAUGUCCAAGAAAGCGAAAAACUUCUCAACAAGGUUCUGAAGAGGGGAGUGUCUCCAAAUUUGUUUACACUUAAUAUAUUCAUUCAAGGGCUGUGCAAAAGAGGUUCCAUUGAUGGGGCUGUCAGAAUGUUAGAUGGUUUUGUGAAGGAAGGUCUGACUCCAGAUGUUGUCACGUAUAAUACAUUGAUCUUUGGUUUGUGUAAAAACUUCAGGGUUGAGGAAGCAGAGUCCUAUCUGCGUAAAAUGGUGAACAAUGGAUUUCAGCCUGAUGCCUUUACCUACAACAGUAUUGUUGAUGGAUAUUGCAAAUUGGGCAUGAUACAGAAAGCAGAAAAGAUUCUCAGUGACGCCAUCUUCAAGGGGUUUGUGCCUGAUGAGUUCACGUAUUGCUCUUUAAUUAAGGGGUUUUGCCAGGAUGGUGACAUAGAACGUGCCAUAGCAGUGUUUAAGGAGGCAUUGGGCAAGGGUUUAAAGCUUAAUAUUGUUCUCUUUAACACAUUGGUAAAAGGGUUGUCACAGAAUGGGCUUAUCUUGCAAGCCUUACAAUUAAUGAAUGAGAUGUCGGAAAAUGGUUGCAGUCCCAAUAUCUGGACUUACAAUUUGGUUAUAAAUGGGUUGUGCAAGAUGGGUUAUGUUUCUGAUGCCACUAGACUUGUUGAUGAUGCUAUUGCCAAAGGUUACCUUCCUGACAUAUUUACGUUUAAUACAAUAAUUGAUGGUUACUGUAAACAGUUGAAUCUGAAUAAUGCUAUCGAGAUAAUAAAUAGCAUGUGGAGUCAUGGUGUUACUCCUGAUGUGAUCACAUAUAAUACUGUGUUAAAUGGCCUUUGCAAGUCUGCAAAAUAUGAGGAUGUGAUGUGCACUUUUCAAGCGAUGAUGGAGAAAGGGUGUGUUCCUAACAUCGUUACGUAUAACAUACUUGUAGAAAGCCUUUGCAAAGCUAGGAAAGUAAAUGAGGCCCUGGACAUGCUACAGGAAAUUAGGAACAAGGGCUUGACUCCAGAUAUUGUUUGUUUUGGCACAUUGAUGAGUGGUUUGUGCAGCAAUGGGGAUUUGGAUGGAGCAUACCAUCUAUUUAGAAGAAUGAAAAGGGAAUAUGAUAUAUCACCUACAACAGCAACAUACAAUAUCAUGAUCAAUGCUUUGUGUGAAAAACUAGAAAUGAGUACUGCAGAAAAGCUUUUUUGUGAGAUGUGUGACAGUGACAGUAACAGUAACAGUGUGCCGGACUGUUUCACGUACCGUGUCAUGAUUGAUGGUUUCUGCAAAGCAGGAAACAGUGAUUCAGGGUGCAAUUUCCUUCUGAAAAAGAUUGAGAAAGGGUUCGUUCCAGCAUUGGUGACAUUUGGAAGAGUCCUAAAUUGUCUUUGCAUGAAGCAUAGAGUUCAUGAAGCUGUUGGUAUCAUCCACCUGAUGGUCCGCAAAGGCAUUGUUCCUGUGGUUGUCAAUUCAAUAUUCGAGGUCGAUAAGAAGGAAAUAGCAGCACCUAAGAUUCUUGUAGAAGAUUUAUUGAAGAAGGGCCAUGUAACUUAUUCUGCAUAUGAGCUUCUAUAUGAUGGAAUUAGAGAUAAAAAGCUGGUCAAGAAAACAAAGAAAGGUUCCACACCACUUACUGCAACUCGACAACAAACUAAGUGACUGUUGAAAAGAUCCGUUUUUUCAUUUAGGUAGCAUACUUCUUGAUAUGGUGUAAAACCUAGUGACUCCAAAAGCUCAAGUAGCAAGCUUUUUUAUCAGUGCUCUGGUAGCUUCUAAGACCUUAUUUGUCAUGGACUUUGCAGAGACAUUGAGUAUUGGCAUUUAUCUUGUUUUCACGACCAAAUUUACACUGCUGGUAUGUUACAGGAACUGCCCCAAGAGUGCCAUGCUUAUAAUGACGAUAAUUUAAUUAGCUCCUUUUUGUGCCUCUGUAUAACAGGAGGAAGCAUGAGGAAAUUAAUGACAGAAGAAAAAUGAGAGUAUGUGAAAUUAUGUGGCCUUUGGUUUUGGUUCCAAAUCUAUUGUCUGGUUCUUUGAGCAAGCACAUCAUGCAGGAUCUUUUUGGUGAGACUACUCUUUAUUGGAUCCACAUGCUCUAUCUUAUUAUGAGUAUGUCGGAGAAGUUAUGAUUAUGUAUAUGAGCGUAUUACAGAGUUCACAACAGGGAAUACAAUAUUUGCUUAAAGCCUGCCAUGCUAGCAGGAAGGUCCGAGAAUAUGGUGUCCGUGAGUUAAUCAUGUUUCUGGACAGAGGAGAAGUGCAGGAGGAUCCAAAGACAGGCUUGUGAUCAUAAAGAAUGAUGAGUCAAUUGUUAAAAAGGAAAUCUCCUUGUGACAGGAUAUACAAAAUGGUAGUUGAGACUUGAGAGAAGUUCAAUUAUCAUCGGAGUGAAUGCUGAUUCUCCAUCGAAAAAAAAAAAA